GCCUCCCGCCCGUGCGCUCCCGCAGGAUGGCGCGGGCCAAGCUGCCGCGCUCGCCGUCCGAGGGCAAGGCGGGCCCGGGGGGCGCCCCAGCCGGCGCCUCGGCGCCGGAGGAGCCGCACGGCCUCAGCCCGCUGCUGCCGGCCCACGGCGGGGGCUCCGUGGGCAGCGACGUGGGCCAGAGGCUUCACGUGGAAGACUUCAGCCUGGAGUCCUCUCUGUCUCAGGUCCAGGUGGAGUUCUACGUCAACGAGAACACCUUCAAGGAGCGCCUGAAGCUGUUCUUCAUCAAAAACCAGAGAUCCAGCCUGAGGAUCCGGCUGUUCAACUUCUCGCUGAAGCUGCUCACCUGCUUGCUGUACAUUGUCCGCGUGCUCCUCGACGACCCGGCCCUGGGGAUCGGAUGCUGGGGCUGCCCAAAGCAGAAUUACACCUUCAACAGCUCAUCCUCGGAGAUCAACUGGGCGCCCAUCCUUUGGGUGGAAAGAAAGAUGACUCUGUGGGCGAUUCAGGUCAUCGUGGCCAUAAUAAGCUUCCUGGAGACAAUGCUCCUCAUUUACCUCAGCUACAAAGGGAACAUCUGGGAGCAGAUCUUCCACGUCUCUUUUGUCCUGGAGAUGAUCAACACGCUGCCCUUCAUCGUGACGAUAUUCUGGGCGCCCCUGAGGAACCUGUUCAUCCCCGUGUUUCUGAACUGCUGGCUGGCCAAGCACGCCCUGGAAAACAUGAUCAACGACUUCCACCGCGCCAUCCUGCGCACGCAGUCGGCCAUGUUCAACCAAGUGCUCAUCCUGUUCUGCACCCUGCUGUGCCUGGUGUUCACGGGGACCUGUGGCAUCCAGCACCUGGAGCGAGCAGGUGAGAACCUAUCCCUGCUCACGGCCUUCUACUUCUGCAUCGUCACCUUCUCCACCGUGGGCUACGGCGACGUGACGCCCAAGAUCUGGCCAUCCCAGCUGCUCGUGGUCGUCAUGAUCUGCGUGGCGCUGGUGGUGCUGCCGCUGCAGUUUGAGGAGCUGGUCUACCUGUGGAUGGAGCGCCAGAAGUCGGGCGGGAACUACAGCCGCCACCGGGCGCAAACGGAGAAGCAUGUGGUGCUGUGUGUCAGCUCCCUCAAGGUCGACCUGCUCAUGGACUUCCUCAACGAGUUCUACGCGCACCCCCGGCUGCAGGACUAUUACGUGGUUAUCCUGUGCCCCACCGAGAUGGACAUCCAGGUCCGCAGGGUCCUGCAAAUCCCCCUGUGGUCCCAGCGGGUCAUCUACCUCCAGGGCUCCGCUCUCAAAGACCAGGACCUCAUGCGAGCCAAGAUGGACAACGGGGAGGCCUGCUUUAUCCUUAGCAGCCGCAACGAAGUGGAUCGCACGGCAGCGGACCACCAGACCAUCCUGCGAGCCUGGGCCGUGAAGGACUUUGCGCCCAACUGUCCCCUCUACGUCCAGAUUCUCAAGCCAGAGAACAAGUUCCACGUCAAGUUCGCAGACCACGUGGUGUGCGAGGAGGAGUGCAAGUACGCCAUGCUGGCCCUCAACUGCAUCUGUCCCGCCACGUCCACGCUCAUCACGCUGCUGGUGCACACGUCCCGCGGCCAGGAGGGCCAGGAGUCCCCCGAGCAGUGGCAGCGCAUGUACGGACGCUGCUCGGGCAACGAGGUGUACCACGUGCGCAUGGGGGACAGCAAGUUCUUCCGCGAGUACGAGGGCAAGAGCUUCACCUACGCCGCCUUCCACGCGCACAAGAAGUAUGGCGUGUGCCUCAUCGGGCUGAAGCGCGAGGACAAGAGCAUCCUGCUGAACCCCGGGCCGCGGCACACGCUGGCGGCGUCCGACACCUGCUUCUACAUCAACAUCACCAAGGAGGAGAACUCCGCCUUCAUCUUCAAGCAGGAGGAGAAGCAGAAGAAGAAGGGCUUCCCGGCGCAGGGGCUGUACGACGGCUCCUCCCGCCUGCCCAUGCACAGCAUCGUGGCCUCCAUGGGGACAGUGGCCAUGGACCUCCAGAACACAGAGUGCCGGCCCGCACAGAGCGGCGGGGGCAGCAAGCUCGCGCUGCCCACAGAGAACGGCUCCGGCAGCCGGCGGCCCAGCAUCGCACCGGUCCUGGAGCGCCCGACAGACAGCUCAGCUCUGCUGCCCUGCGACCUGCUGAGUGACCCGUCGGAGGACGAGAUGACGCCGUCAGAGGACGAGGGGCUGUCGGUGGUGGAGUACGUGAAGGGCUACCCCCCCAACUCGCCCUACAUCGGCAGCUCCCCCACCUUGUGCCACCUUCUGCCCGUGAAGGCCCCGUUCUGCUGCCUGCGGCUGGACAAGGGCUGCAAACACAACAGCUACGAGGACGCCAAGGCCUACGGCUUCAAGAACAAGCUGAUCAUCGUGUCGGCGGAGACGGCGGGCAACGGGCUGUACAACUUCAUCGUGCCGCUGAGAGCCUACUACAGAUCCCGCCGGGAGCUCAACCCCAUCGUGCUGCUGCUGGACAACAAGCCUGACCACCACUUCCUGGAGGCCAUCUGCUGCUUCCCCAUGGUAUACUACAUGGAGGGCUCCGUGGACAACCUGGACAGCCUGCUGCAGUGUGGUAUCAUCUACGCGGACAACCUGGUGGUGGUGGACAAGGAGAGCACCAUGAGCGCUGAGGAGGACUACAUGGCGGACGCCAAGACCAUCGUCAACGUGCAGACCAUGUUCCGGCUGUUCCCCAGCUUGAGCAUCACCACGGAGCUCACCCACCCUUCCAACAUGCGCUUCAUGCAGUUCCGUGCUAAGGACAGCUACUCUCUGGCUCUUUCCAAGCUGGAAAAGAGGGAGCGGGAGAACGGCUCCAACCUGGCCUUCAUGUUCCGCCUGCCGUUUGCCGCGGGCCGCGUCUUCAGCAUCAGCAUGCUGGACACCCUGCUCUACCAGUCCUUCGUGAAGGACUACAUGAUCUCCAUCACCAGGCUGCUGCUGGGCCUCGACACCACGCCGGGCUCCGGCUACCUCUGCGCCAUGCGGGUCACGGAGGACGACCUGUGGAUCCGCACGUACGGCCGGCUCUUCCAGAAGCUGUGCUCCUCCAGCGCCGAGAUCCCCAUCGGUAUCUACCGCACCGAGUGCCACGUCUUCUCGACCUCCGAGCCCCACGACCUCAGAGCCCAGUCCCAGAUCUCGGUGAGCGUGGAGGAUUGCCAGGACACGCAGGAAACCAGGGGGCCCUGGGGCGUGCAGGCGGGCGGCGGCGGCAGCACCCACGGCCGGCACCCGGUCGGCGGGGACCCAGCCGAGCACCCGCUGCUGCGGCGCAAGAGCCUGCCGUGGGCCAGGAAGCUGAGCCACAGGGGCUCCAAGCCAGCGGGGAAGGCAGCGGCGGCCGAGUGGGCCGGCCAGCAGAGGCUCAGCCUGUACGGCCGCUCCGAGCGCCAGGAGCUCUCCGAGCUGGUCAAGAACCGCAUGAAGCACCUGGGGCUGCCCACCACCGGCUACGAGGAUGUAGCAAAUUUAACGGCCAGUGAUGUCAUGAAUCGGGUAAACCUGGGAUAUUUGCAAGACGAGAUGAAUGACCACCAGAACACGCUCUCCUACGUCCUUAUCAACCCCCCGCCCGACACGAGGCUGGAGCCCAACGACAUCGUGUACCUCAUCCGCUCCGACCCCCUGGCGCACGUGGCCAGCGGCCCGCAGAGCCAGAAGAGCAGCGGCAGCCACAGGCUGGCUUCCUGCAACCCCGAGACCCGUGACGAGACGCAGCUCUGAGCCGGCCCCGCGAGAAGCCCCAACCCCACGACGGCAUGCCUCACGCUGCAUGGAGCGCCGGGGGCCCCCCGCGCCCCCA